AUGGCGUCCGUUUCGUCACUCGACAAAGACUUGCGCAAGAUGCGCCUAGAGAAAUACACACCUGCCGCUGCAAACGAAGCUCGUACAUGGAUUGAAGAUAUUCUAGGGGAGAACCUCCCGUCAUCAGAUCUCCUCGAAGGACUCAAAGAUGGAGUGGCUCUCUGCAGGCUCGCCAAUCUUGCUCUGCCUCCUCCCGGAGUUCGAUUCAAGAAGUCAUCCAUGCCUUUCGUACAGAUGGAAAACAUCUCGCAUUUUCUGCGCGCCUGCCAGUCUCCGCCUUUGAAUCUCCAGCAGCACGAUACGUUCCUCACCGUCGAUCUGUUUGAGCAAAAGGACCCAACACAAGUUCUACAGUGUAUUGGCGCAUUCAGCAGAGCGGCUCAUGCUGCUAACCCCCGAAAUUUUCCUACGUCGAUUGGACCCAAGAACCGACCCGAAACCGUGACACCGCAAGGAACAGGGCCAAGGACACCUACAGGAACACGCGAUCGCGGGGCAUCUGUCACCAGCAACAAGUCACCCGCCUUUGGGCGAUCUGCCGCCAUGCCCCACCGAACUGGCGAUUCCGGCUCAGGAAGAUGGAGCCCUACCAAGAGUCCCCGAAAUGGACCUGAAUCUCCCAGCGCCGUUAGCAGCUGGAGCAAGAAGGAGCACGAAGGUACGACUGCGCCAGCUUGGAACAUCGCCCAGUACGGUUAUCUGGGAGGUGCCAGCCAGGGCAACCUCGGUAUCUCGUUUGGUGGAAGGCGGCAGAUCACUAAUGCCGGCCCCCGCGUGCCAAGCCUUGCCGACAAGGAGCGCCGCCGAAAGGAUGGGGAAGAGCGUGCUCGCCAAGAAGCUGAGGAUGAGGAGAGGCGGCAAGCCCAGGAAGAGGAACACGCACGGAUUGAGGAGGAGCGCCGAUGGGAAGAGGAGGCGGAGCAAUUACGAGAGCAGGAGCGUCAGGAGGCUGAAGAAGAAAAGCGAAGAUGGGAGGAAGAGGAACGACAGUGGAAACUGACAGAGGAGCAAAGACGCAAGGAGGAAGAAGCAGCCGAAGCCAGACUGGCCGACGAUCGAAAGUCUCUGAAGGGACGUGGUGAUUCCAAACUGACUGGACAAUUCUUGAGCCAGUACAGGGCCGAUCAAGGAGCAGCGCAACAGGAUGGCGCUUCGGAAGACGACUACAAGAACCGCGUCAAGCAGCUGGAGCAAGAGUUGGAGCUCGCUCGACAGCGCGAAGCCGAAUAUGAGCGAGAGCGCCAAGAGAGAGCACAGCGUCACGGAACUGCUGAGGUUAAGCCUUUGCCUAAGCCCAAACCCAAGCUGGUGUCCAGUCCCCCAUCACGCUCCGAUUCUUGGUCGAGGGACGAACGAGAGGUUCUUCGAACUCGGUCCCCCUUUAACAGGGAGCCUCUACAGGCAAACAAUGCCCCUGCACUACCUUCAAGAUCACCUCGCCCUCUACCUGACCCUGCGGCCCUCCCUCAGGUCAAGUCACCAAACCUUAGCAGUCGCCCUCUGCCGGAUCCUGCUACAUACUCACCAAAGCCUUCGCCGGCCGUACCAAGCCGUACCGAUCGCUUCUUGUCAAGCAACCCAGCUCCCUCGCCACCACCGGCCCAGACAACUUACUCCCGUGAGCUCGGUGCUACAGCUGAGCGCGAUGCCGAGGACCAGCGUCGCGCACAGAGCCAAAGCAAGACAAAGGCUGGCGGCUGGGCAUCCAAGUCACUGCUGGAGCGUGAGAUGGAGAUGGAGCGGCAACGACAACGCGAGUGGGAAGAUGCACAGAAGGAGACGGCUGCUGCGGUCCGCUCUAAUGACGGCGUAGAGGGCAUUGGCGGCGGCAUUGGCGGUCGAUGGGAUGUUGGGCAAUGGGCUGGUUAUACUGGCGGAGAUAGUCAGAACAAGGGAUCAGUUGGUAUUGGGGCUGGCCGAAGACAGAUUGUAGGGGGACCUCGACCGCUGCCUGAGCAGCCGAGGUAA